AUGUUUCUUUUGUUGCUGCUAACAACACUGGCUGUGGCUACUCAAGCGGAUCCCCGACUGCUGGAGCAGCUGCAGCAGCUGGGCCUGGUCAAUCUGCUGGAGCAGUCGGUGCGUCCUAACGGUAAGACCAGGCCGAACCAGCUGUUGCUUAACUCAAUGUGUCAACUGCUUGCAGUACCCCAAAAUUUGGCCAGCUAUGACUUUAUUGUAGUCGGCGCCGGCGCCGCUGGCUGCACGCUGGCCGCACGUCUCUCCGAGAAUCCCGACUGGCGGGUGGCGCUCAUAGAGGCGGGCGGCGUGGAGAACAUUCUACACCUGACGCCCCUGACGGCCGGGCAUCUGCAGCUGACCGCCUCCAAUUGGAAUUACCGUUCGGUGUCGCAACCUCGCGCCUGUCGCGGCAUGUACAACCAGGAGUGCGCCCUGCCCCGGGGCAAGGUUCUGGGUGGCACCAGCUCCAUUAAUUUCAUGAUCUACAAUCGCGGCAAUCGGCGCGACUUUGAUGCCUGGGCCGAGCGGGGCAACCGCGGCUGGAGCUAUGACCAGGUGCUGCCCUACUUCCUGCGCAGCGAGUCCGCCCAGCUCCUAGGCCUGGAGCAGUCGCCGUACCACAACCACAGCGGUCCGUUGAGCGUGGAGGAUGUGCGGUAUCGCAGCAGCUUGGCGCACGCCUAUGUCCGUGCCGCCCAGCAGGCGGGUCAUCCGCGCAACGACUACAACGGGGAGUCACAACUAGGCGUGUCUUACGUGCAGGCCAACACCAAAAAUGGACGUCGGCACAGCGCCUACUCUGCCUACAUCCGCCCCGUGCACGGUUUGCGGCCCAAUCUGCACAUCUUUCCCUUUACGCGCGUGACUAGCGUCCUUCUCGACGCGGCCACCAAGUCGGCGCAGGGCAUUGAACUGGUUUACAGGCAGCAAAAAUACACGUUUAAGGCCCACAAGGAGGUCAUCCUGUCGGCGGGCGCCUUCAACUCGCCGCAGCUCCUGAUGCUCUCAGGCAUCGGACCAGAAGAUAAUUUACGUGCCAUCGGGGUGCCAGUGGUCCAGGCCUUGCCGGUGGGAAAGCUCCUCUACGAUCACAUGUGCCACUUCGGACCCACUUUUGUGACGAACACCACGGGCCAGACGCUGUUCAGCUCGCGCUUGUCGGUGUCCACGCUGAAGGACUUUACGCUUGGUCGCGCGGACACGCAGCUGUCCAGCAUCGGGGGCGUGGAGACGCUCACCUUCAUAAAAGUGCCAACGGCGCAAACUCCCGAGAAUCAGCCCGACAUUGAGCUUAUUCAGGUGGACGGCAGCCUGGCCAGCGAUGAGGGCACGGCGCUCACAAAGGGCGCCAAUUUCAAGGGUGAGAUCUAUAAGAAAAUGUAUCGCCAUCUGGCCAGGCACCAGCAGGAUCACUUCACCUUUCUCGUCAUGCAAUUCAAGCCCCAGUCUGUGGGCCGGCUCUGGCUGCACAAUCGCAACCCGCUCGAAUGGCCACGCAUUGAUCCCAAGUACUUCUCGGCCGAACAGGAUGUGGAGCAGCUGCUCGAUGGCAUCAAGGAGGCCAUACGCAUCGCCCAGAUGCCAGCUCUGCAGGCUAUCGGCGCUCGUAUCCUGGAUCGCCCCGUGCCCGGCUGUGAGGACAAGCCGUUCGGGUCGGACGAUUACUGGCGCUGCUCGAUACGCACCUUGUCCUACACGCUGCACCACCAGGUGGCCACCUGCCGCAUGGGUCCGGCGAGUGAUGCCACCGCCGUGGUCAGCCCCGAGCUCAAGGUGCACGGCAUGCGCAAGCUGCGCGUGGUCGACACCAGUGUCAUCCCUCUCCCGCCCACCGCCCACACGAAUGCAGCGGCCUUUAUGAUCGGCGAGAAGGCGGCCGACCUGAUAAGGGCCGAUUGGCUCUGA